AUGGCUCACUAUUGUCCCAGCUUCGAGCUUUCGGAUUUUCUCGAGUCGAAUGACUGGCUUGAUGAGGAAUAUCAAGUUUUUGGCUGUCCUCAGAAUCUGAACUAUGCAGCAGAUGAAGUUUUUAACUCAAGUGGAAUAAGCAGCAGCAGCAGCCACCAAGAAGGACCAGGCAGUAGAGAUGGUGGGAGUGGUAGGGAGAAGAAAGAAAUCACAGAGAAAGUUGCUUUUAAAACUAAGUCAGAGGUUGAGAUACUGGAUGAUGGCUUCAAGUGGAGAAAGUAUGGGAAAAAGAUGAACAGUUUGAUCGGAGGCAUGAUAAGCAAUUCAAUUGACUAUAAUACCCCUGAUUCUCAGAGGACCACUUCCCCGAGGCACCUAUCCCUACGUCAGAUAGCUAAGAUUUACAUUAGAAGAAAUCCAAAUGAUUUGCGAGGGACGCCAAGAGAAACUUCCACUUUAAUGAAGCUGUAA